CGCGCCGCUCGGGCCCUCCUUCGUCUUCCUCUUGACCACUUGACCGCUCUUUCUCCCUUGGCCAUGUUGAGCUAGGGUUUAGUCUUGUAGUACUAGAUACAGGGUUUAGGAUCCGGGAGGAGCCCGGCUCCCCUCCCAAACCGCUCUCAUGUCGUCUUCCUCCCAAGUAAGGGUUGGGACUCUGGUUCCCUUUGUUGAAGGCAAAUCUGGGUCACCGAGUGCGUCGUCGCUGCCAAUGCCAAGCAUUCCCAUCUUCAAGGGCUCCAAUGUCGUCGGGAGGAGUAAUUUGGUGGCUGUUGACAAGAGGGUCAGCCGCAAGCAUUUGAGCCUGCGCGCCUUGCCUGAUGGCUCUCUCGAAGUCGUUGUGGAGGGGCCAAAUCCCAUUGUUGUCCGAUCAGAGGGUCAGAGAAGAAAAGUUUGUGCUCAGCAGAGAGCCAAGAUUAUGCACGAUGAUGUCCUGGAGCUGAUUCCCGGUGAAUAUUUUAUGAAGUAUGUGAAUAUGAGUGAUGAGCGUAAAAGUUCCACAUCAGUCGAAUCACAUGACUUAAAGAAAGGGAAGAGGCAUAGCGAGGAAGAUAGUGUAGUUGCAAAGAGAAAUCGACAAGUUAUGGAAGAUGAGGCUUUGGCAAGAACAUCGCAGGAAAGCUUUGCAGAAGAGAGUACAUCUGUUACUGAGGUAGUAAGUUCACUUGAUAGUGCUGGUUCUUCCGAGAGAAACAAAGAGAGAACACAUUCUGUCGGCCCUUUGAAAGAUGUACUUCCGUUGACUUUUCGACUCAUGCGUGUCCAAGGUCUUCCAUCAUGGACUAACACUUCAACAGUUACCAUUCCGGAUGUCAUACAGGGUGAAGUGCUUCUUGCUGUACUCUCAAAUUAUAUGGUGGACAUGGAUUGGUUGCUUACUGCAUGUCCAAGUCUAAGGAAAGUUCCACAUGUCCUAGUUCUGCAUGGAGAAGAUGGUGCUUCAUUGGAGCGCUUGAAGAAAACGAAGCCUGCAAAUUGGAUCCUUCACAAGCCCCCGCUCCCAAUAUCAUUUGGAACACAUCAUUCGAAGGCCAUGCUGCUUGUAUAUCCUCAAGGGAUUCGUGUUGUUGUUCACACUGCAAAUUUGAUACAUGUUGACUGGAAUAACAAAAGUCAGGGAUUAUGGACGCAAGAUUUUCCAUGGAAGAAAGCAAAUGAUACGAGUACAAAUAUUGGUUUUGAGAAUGACCUGGUUGAUUAUCUCAGGGCACUUAAGUGGCCUGAGUUCAGGGUAAAUCUCCCAGUUGCCGGUGAUGUCAACAUCAAUGCAGCAUUCUUUCGGAAAUUUGAUUAUAGUAGCUCAACGGUCAGGUUGAUCGGAUCUGUUCCUGGUUAUCAUGUCGGUCCCAAUAUGAAAAAGUGGGGCCAUAUGAAGCUUAGGAGUGUUCUUGAAGAGUGCGUAUUUGAAAAGCAGUUUUGCAAGUCACCACUUAUUUAUCAGUUUUCGUCCUUGGGGUCACUUGAUGAGAAAUGGAUGAGUGAGUUUGCAUGUUCGUUAUCAGCUGGUAAAGCAGAUGAUGGAUCACAGUUGGGUAUUGGGAAACCACUGAUUGUAUGGCCAACAGUGGAGGAUGUUAGGUGCUCAAUAGAGGGCUAUGCAGCUGGCAGUUGCAUUCCAAGUCCUCAAAAGAAUGUUGAGAAAGAUUUCUUGCGAAAAUAUUGGUCCAGGUGGAAAGCAGACCACGUAGGCCGUUGCCGUGCUAUGCCGCACAUAAAAACUUUUACUCGCUACAAUGGUCAAAAUAUUGCAUGGUUUCUGCUUACCUCAUCAAAUUUAAGCAAAGCUGCUUGGGGAGCACUGCAGAAGAACAAUACACAGCUGAUGAUACGAUCAUAUGAGUUAGGUGUAUUGUUCUUGCCCAAAACUCUCCAGUCUGUUCCACAAUUUUCAUGCACAGACAAGAGCCGCUCAAACCUGGAUAAACUUGCCCUUGGUAAGAACAUCAAGACCAAGCUGGUGACACUUUGCUGGAAAGGUGAUGAAGAAAAGGAUCCAUCUGCAGAAGUUGUGAGAUUGCCAGUGCCAUAUCAAGUCCCUCCACAACUCUACGGCCCGGAAGAUGUCCCAUGGUCGUGGGAUCGGAGGUACACGAAGAAGGAUGUGUAUGGUUCAGUCUGGCCACGCCAUGGCUAGCUUAGCUGAGCUGCGUGCCGAUGAUUAUUAAGCGUGUUCAGGUCCACAGGAACCUGGUGUAUGUUGAUUGAUCACUGGUGGAAUCAUCGGUUAUAGGACCUGAUUGCUCGUGCACCCUGUUUCUAGGCCUCUCGCUCUCAGCCAACUGUGGGAGAAACCAUAAGCAAUGGAACGAACAUUUGGUUGACAGAAUUAUUUGGAACGUUGGAUAUUUUGAGCUUA